AUUUCCAAACAUGCUUUCUUUCCAUUUAAACUUCCUAAACCGGUGUCUGUCCGGGAACGGCCCCUCUCUGAGUCCCAGCGUGGGAUGGGGGAGUUCGGGGGCCGCGUGACUCUCGCUUCUCCAGCCCCCUCCCUACUUCACUACACACACACACAUAUCACGAGCCCGCCCGCGAAACAUCUGGAUGGGGAUUCGCGUUCCGAAAUCAGGGCAACUACAGCCAAGGCUGGUUCCUGGGGAGCGAGCGCGGAAAUGCGCGCGGGUGCCGGAGCGCACCACUCGGUAGGGGCAGAACUCUCCCAGCACUGGGUCACUCCAGCAUCCUUCCCACCGUCUGCUCCUGUCAGCAGCCUCUGGCUCCGCCCCUCUGAGCCCGUCUCUUGUCCUGCAGCCAAUAGCAAUCCCGAAUCGCUCUCUACCGCCCCAAACUCUUUCCACACCCCCACAUACCGGGAGCCGGUUGGCUGCUGAACCCGCAGCGAAGCGCCCGUAUUUGCAUGGGGCUCUGGGUUUCUGGUAGGUGGAGCGACCCGUCACUCCGGAAGGCCGGGCCCGCCCACUCCAGCUCGCCCCGCGGCUCUGUUCCUGCGCAGUUUUCCUUCGCAGCCAGCGCCGGAAAGUGCCGGGGCUGCUCUCCAGGCUCAGUUCGCAGGACGGCGAAGGGGCAGCCCCGGAGAGCGGCCGUGCGCACUGUCUGGAGCGGCCAGGGCGCAGAAGUGCAGCCUUCUCCUGGCCCCGAGCGGGGCGUCGCGCCGCAAGAGCCGCCCCUCGGCCAGCAGUUGCCGCCACCCAGACUUUCGUUCCAGUUGCCGCUCCUCCCGGGCAACAUGUCAAAAGCCGCCGCCGCUACGGCUGCCGCCGCCACCUGGGGAAGAGCAGCAGCAGCAGCAGCGGCCGCCGCGGGCGCGCGGGGGCAAUAAACCGAACCACCCGGGCGUCCACCCGGCCAGGGAACUCUCUCCGCACUGACUACUCCGGCGGGACCGGCGCCAUGUGCUGAGCCAUGCCCCUCGCCGCGCCUGCGGGCAGCGCAUGGGGCAGCUCCUGAGCGGCAGCCGAUCCUGCCUCGAUGUCCCCGGCCGGCUCCUGCCGCAGCCGCCGCCGCCCCCGCCACCGGUGAGGAGGAAGCUCGCGCUGCUCUUCGCCAUGCUCUGCAUCUGGCUCUACAUGUUCCUGUACUCGUGCGCCAGCUCCUGCGCCGCCGCGCCCGGGCUGCUGCUGCUGGGCUCGGGGUCCCGCGCCGCCCACGCCCCGCCAGCCCUGGCCUCGGCUCCGGACGGGACUCCCCUCAGGCUGCCGUUCCAAGCGGCACCGGCCACCCCGUUGACUGCGGGCAAGGAGACGGCCGAGGGCGCCGCAAGCCAGGAGGAGCAGAGUCCCGAGGCGCCGGACUCUCCCAGCCCCAUCUCCAGCUUCUUUAGUGGGUCCGGGAGCAAGCAGCUGCCGCAGGCCAUCAUCAUCGGCGUGAAGAAGGGCGGCACGCGGGCGCUGCUGGAGUUCCUGCGCGUGCACCCCGACGUGCGCGCCGUGGGCGCCGAGCCCCACUUCUUCGACCGCAGCUACGACAAGGGCCUGGCCUGGUACCGGGACCUGAUGCCGAGAACCCUGGACGGGCAGAUCACCAUGGAGAAGACGCCCAGUUACUUUGUCACCCGGGAAGCGCCCGCGCGCAUCUCGGCCAUGUCCAAGGACACCAAGCUCAUCGUGGUGGUGCGGGACCCGGUGACCAGAGCCAUCUCGGACUACACGCAGACGCUCUCCAAGCGGCCGGACAUCCCCACCUUCGAGAGCUUGACGUUCAAAAACAGAACUACGGGCGUCAUCGACACGUCGUGGAGCGCCAUCCAGAUCGGCAUCUACGCCAAGCACCUGGAGCACUGGCUGCGCCACUUCCCCAUCGGCCAGAUGCUCUUCGUGAGCGGCGAGCGGCUCAUCAGCGACCCGGCCGGCGAGCUGGGCCGCGUGCAGGACUUCCUGGGCCUCAAGAGGAUCAUCACGGACAAGCACUUCUACUUCAACAAGACCAAGGGCUUCCCCUGCCUGAAGAAGGCCGAGGGCAGCAGCAAACCCCACUGCCUGGGCAAGACCAAGGGCAGGACCCACCCCGAGAUCGACCGCGAGGUGGUGCAGAGGCUGCGCGCCUUCUACCGGCCCUUCAACCUCAAGUUCUACCAGAUGACCGGGCACGACUUUGGCUGGGAUUGAAGGGACAGGACUGUGUAACCUACCACUUGGCUUAUAUAUUGAGAGAGAUUAUAUGUAUGUAAAAUGUACAGAAAUCUAUUUUAUAAUAAUUUAUUUUUAAUUCAUAAGCAAUUAAUUCACUAAGCUGCCUAGCCACACUCUUUAUAGAGUUAGCUUCAUAAUCUGUUAACAUUCCAAAGUGUUUGACUCUAAUAUUUUGUUCUUUUCCUCACAAUUGAUGGUGCUUCCAUUUUUUUUUUCCCUACCCAUUAUAUUUAAAAAGAAGAAAAGCACAACUUGAGAUUUUUGUUGUUACGGGUAUGCAGCCUUCCAUCACCGUCUGGACUCGCUUGCUGUCUCCUUCCAGCUUCCGUUCUCUUCUUGCCUGUGUGCCUCGUAGGGGUGCUGCGCAGCCUCUGCAGUGCUGCUCUCGGGAGGGGAGACCUCACGUAGCAGCUUCCUCGUUCACGUGGUGACAUUUCCCAGGAUGUAGACGCCAAGCCACAGCGCUGGGUCUUCCCCCAAGUCCGCUCAGCACAUGAGGGACUCACCACCUUUGCAGGGACAUCCACAUCCGUUAGAGUCUGCAUGCCAGGGUCCAUUUACUUCAGCUUUUGAUUUUGAUUUUGAAGGAUGACCCUGCAUCCUCUUCUGGCCCAGCCCCUGGCUCAUUAACCAGCCUGAAGUGUAUGCCAAUGUUAGCCUCCUCUUUCCAAGGUCACGUGUGUGAGCUGCUUGGGUGCUGCUUUAGAAAUAAAGAUGAUCUCUUCUCCUCUGCAAGAGAGCACACCAUGCACUGUUCUCCAGGCAGACAGCUCUGCUUGGACACACCAAAGAAUCCCUUAGGCUAGCAGAGCCACCCACAUAAACCAAGGGUGCCGGGUGUCAAGACCCAAAGGGGUCAGGUGCAUCCCAGGCCAUCUGCAUCUACUGAGAUGCUGCUAGAUGCAGAGCCAGCCUGUGUAGUGCACAUCCCAGUAGGCUGGCCACUUCCAUGGGGAGAAAACACGAAGACCCCCAAAAGGACAGGUGGGAUCCCUGGCCCCCUGCUGGAUGUCUGGAACUCCUCUCCUUGGAAUUCCUAGCUCAUCUCAGAUCGACAGCCUGGUCUGUUGUAGCCAGCAGCCAAACAGCGAGAGCCAGGAGUGGCCCUUGUAAGGACAGGCUGGGAAAGCUGGCCCCACGUGGCCUGUGAGCACUGAAGGCUGCCCUUGUGCAGCUCUCCCUUGUCCAAGCCAGGUCUUGGCAGAAGGGUUGCCAACCUUGUGGCUGCUGAUGCUGAAUGCUCUCCUCAUCCCUCUCUGUCAAGAUAGUAGUUGAGGAUCAUUUAUGAUGACCAGCUAGUGGCAGCUGGGUAACCACAGAGCAAUAUCACAUAAUGACAUAUUCACUUUAUCCUCAGUUUUCUAAACCAGAAUGCUUCGACCGUAAAAGACUUGUCAUUUGACUUAUACUUUCAUGCAGGAAUAUGUGGGAAGAUAGACAUAUUUGUCAAAAUGGUUGGGUUGUGAUAUUUACAAAGGACACUUUUAUAUGUUGUAUGGGAUAUCUUACCUAAUAGAGUAACAAAACUUGUAUGAAAAGAUAAAAAGGUAAUUCAUCUUUAGAAACUGAUCAGAGGUGUUACUGGUCUUUAAGUGAUGUCUUGUCGAUAAUCUGGUUUGUAGUCGCCCACAAGUUUGAGCCCAGAUGACGCUCAGCAGCCAAACUCAUGUAGCAGCCUACGUCAUGUAGGUUCUAUGCAGGAGGCUGGGCAUCGGGGGCCCAGUGCCUUCCUGAGACGUGAUAUUCAUUUCAUAGCUUUGCUCCUGCCUCUACCAAGUAGAGUAGAAGCUGCACUUGGGGGAGCACCAUGAUCAUAGCAUGGUCUCCCCUCUUGCUGUUUAGGAGUCAAAGACACCUGCAUAAGGGUGCUAGUUGGCUGUGCAUUUUUCCAAUCAGAAUGCGCCUUUGAAAUAAGGCUAAGAACAUCUAUUUUCAGUUACAGCAUAACACUGCAUAAAAUAAAAGUCAGUAGUCCACCAGCUGAUCCUGCCCGGUCCUCGUUCUGGCCACUCUCUUGCUCUGACGUGGCUCAUGAUGUAGAAUUGCAGGGAGGUUCAGAGCAGGGUUUGCAACACAGUAGGAGAGAAAUAUGCCUGUGCUUUUCCUUCCCCUUCAGGUCCCCACCAUCUCUGCAAGCUGGACAGUUUUGAUUAAGUUGUUUAUUCCCUGCCUUAAAACUGAAACAGGAAAUUUUCAGAUAGAAGGAGGAUCCUUUAGUCACGAACACUGAAGUGGGUCAAGAUUCUAUGCCAGGUCAAAUCCUUGAAUCCAAACAGAUGUCGAUAAUUAGCACUGAUGGACCAGAGCAAAUUUUCCUAUGGAAGACAAAUAAAUCCAGCUUCCUGUGCAUCUCCUCCUAGGGGUCUGAUAGCUUCUAGUUCCUGCCUGAUCCGGACACAGCGUCUGCCCCAAGGUUACAGCCCCUCAUGUGAUAGUUAUUAGAAAGCCUGAGCCUGCACGUCCUGCUCCUGGAGAAGUUAGGCAACACGUAAAAUUAAGCCUUGAGUUUCUUCCCGUUCUAGCCAUCUGCAAGGCCACCAGCUUAACUUGUUAGCUGCUAGAAGACAAACAUCAUUUCUGUUUUGGCAAUUUGUCCUACCACGUGUUUUGGGUUUCUUCCAGUUUACAGGAAAGGCUCUGAUAUCCCUUGGAGUAUUUAUUCCUCUGUUUUGUUUUUCUCAUUAAAAACAAACAAAAAGGUUAACAAAAAGAUUGAAGGUUUUUAUUGCUCUUAUCUAUCCCAUGCUUUCUUGCUGGGUAGUCCCUGGAAAGGUAUUUAGGUAUAGUGACUGAGUAAUAAAUACUUAAUUGGAAGAUGGAGGAGGAGAAAUUGUCUUGAUGGGAUUCUCUUUGGAAGUCGUUUUGAGUGACAUAUAUUUUAGACCUUUGGAGAAACACAGUUUCAGGUCCCGCCAGGAUAUUUUCAUAAGAAAGGAAAAUGGAAGGUUCCAGUAAACUAGGAACAGUAUGUAUCUAAAAUGCUGACACAGAAGUCAAUGUCAUUUUUUGGUUUAUCAAGAAAGAUGGUCAAUAAAACGUAAAGGUGUGGUUAGAUUUUUUUUUUCACUUUUGUAACAUUAAUUUAUGAGUGAGUUUCAUUCAGCCCAGUAAUCUGAAAUACUGUGCAAAUUCUAGCAGUGUGUCUUCUGUAACCUGGGUGUUAGAAUAGCUAAUAUGUACAAAAAAAAAAAAUCAAGUAUUUUGUCCUAUGUAUAACACAAAUUAAUUUUACACGGAGAGAGAUGUUUCUAGGAAAACAAAAUUCUGGUAAUUCAUACUAUUUCUUUGUAUGAACAAAUAAAAUAUAUUUUACCAA